AUGCUUCGUUGCGCCUCAAACAGGGAGAACCUUCCUGCAUCGAGUUUCAAUCCUGUUCCGUGUCACCGUGUCGAUGAUACAGUCCGCAUAGGCGAUUCAAACACCUUGACAAAGAUCCAGGAGAUUUCAGAAUUUGCCCAAAUGACCAUUGAACCGUACGGCUUAAGUCAGCUACAGGACGGCGGUAGAGUUGCUAUACUCCAGCUGAAUCUUCCUCUCAAAGCGAAGCUGUUGGACUCUCUCGUUUUCGUUGGUCUUCCAGACUUGAAAACUCUUCAUGCUUGGCGUGCACCGAUCGCUCUUGAGUCAUGCAGCUUAGCUGGACUCCCUUGGUUGGAGCAUCUUGUAAUUAACUGUUCUUCCACCUUUGAUCGUUUUCUCACCUUCGGCUCUGCCUUUAAAAGCAUCCGAUUAAUUGGCUGUCUUGGACGACCCCUCCAAUUUAUCUGCAGUCAGUGUAUUCAGAGGCCGGAGUUUAUUCUUCUCCGAAUUCUUCCUGGGCCUCCUUCAACCAGAGAUGUCGUGGGUUUUGAUAGGUGGUCAAAUUCUACCCAGUCAACCUCUUCACUUUCCUUACAAACUUGUCGACCAGGCGUCUGUUCUGAUGACCACCUUUGCCGGCACAACUACCCACUCAAAAUGGCUCGUAGUUACCCAGUGCAAGCCUUUUCACCUAUGCCAAGCACCAUCCCACUACCAUCACCCUCAACUUCACCUCCUCAGUUUAAAAGUGGUCACCGAUUUUUCACAUUAUUUCUGCCCGCUCUGUUGGUGCUUUUUGCUGUUUCGUGUGGCACGUGCAUACUCAUGUCGUUGCGGAUUUCGCGAGCAUUGGAGAGGAAGCGGUACCGACACCGAGGCCAAGACCACGCCCUCAUUGAUGUACAUACCCCACAAACCUCCAAUUGGACCAAUUCUGUGCCUUUAAACAACCUUGAGGCCAAAGUUUAA